CAAGUGUUUUUUUUUUUUCAAAUACAAUAUCAGCUUUACAGUGGCUUGGAACGAAUGUCUCCGCUUUCCUUCCUCUGCAUUAAGGUGUCACGCAACAGGCUGCAGCAACACUGUGGAGGAAAGCCCACUGCCACCUGUAAGUGCGCCUCCGCUGCAGACUGAGGAUGAAGAAGCAGAAUGUCCGGACCCUGUCGCUCAUCCUCUGCAUGCUGUCCUACUUGCUGGUGGGCGCCGCCGUCUUCGACGCGCUGGAGUCGGAGACGGAGAGCUCCCGCAGGCGCAUCUUGGUGCAGAAGCGCAACGAGAUGAAGAAGAAGUACCGCUUCUCCGAGGAGGACUACCGCGAGAUAGAGCGGGUGGUUCUACAAGCUGAGCCCCAUCGCGCCGGGAGACAGUGGAAAUUUGCUGGUUCUUUUUACUUUGCAAUUACAGUCAUCACCACUAUUGGGUAUGGCCAUGCAGCACCGGGCACAGACGCAGGAAAGGUGUUCUGCAUGUUCUACGCAGUACUUGGCAUUCCUUUGACUUUGGUCAUGUUCCAGAGCCUGGGAGAGAGGAUGAACACAUUUGUGCGCUACCUCCUCCAUAAGACCAAGCAGUGUUUGGGUCUUAAGCUCACUGAUGUGUCAAUGGAGAACAUGGUUCUCGUGGGCUUCCUGUCCUGUAUUGGAACACUCUGUGUGGGGGCCGCAGCCUUCUCCCACUUUGAGGGAUGGAGCUUCUUCCAUGCCUAUUACUACUGCUUCAUCACACUCACCACUAUUGGCUUCGGUGACUUUGUGGCCCUGCAGAAGAAGGAGGACCUCCAGGAGAAAACCCCUUAUGUGGUUUUCAGCUUCAUGUACAUCCUGGUGGGGCUUACGGUCAUCGGGGCCUUCCUGAAUCUGGUAGUGCUGCGUUUCCUCACCAUGAACAGUGAAGAUGAGAAGAGAGAUGCUCAAGAAAGGGCAUCAUUAAAGAGAGACAGGGGCCUUUUGGACGGGGCCCAGGGUCUUCAUGCCGUGAGCGAUCACAGUAGAAACGACCGUAGGGAGAGGAACAGGCACAACAUCGGCAACAGAUUCAACCAGAGUCCGCUCUUCAUCCCGAUGGAAGAGGGAACCAGCCGCACCAACCUCAUUGUGUCUUCAGCAGAGGACCAUGAGAGAGGGAGAAACCCCUGCAGACACAGAUUGCAUUUUCAAGUGACGGCAGAUCAGCGUAAGGCAGAGUCAAGCCUGAGCUCGCUGUGUUCCUGUGUGUGCUACCGCCUGGGUAUUUGUGAUAGUCCUCUCAUGGCCCACAGCCAACACAAAGGCUGUCACGGUGGUUCUGUUUACUACAACUCUGUCUCCUAUAGGAUUCACAGCAGCUCCCCAGGCUCCAGGGACAAUACCGGGCUCUCCUCCCCUGGAAGCGCACACUCACCAGGGCUUAGCUUCCACCAAUUUCCUCGUUCAAGGAGAAAGUCAGUGUGAGAGCCAGACAGGUCUGCAUUGCAGUUUUUCCUUUUUCGAAAUUUGUACCUCUUUUGGGAACGUUUGGCAUGGAAUAUUUUUUGUAAAGAGAUGCUGAGGUCCCAACACAAUUACACAAGCUGCUGCUUUCCUUGCACGUUGCUCAUGUGCAUGCUGAAUUGAAUGUAAAGCACACAAUGUGGAGAUUUUAGUUUGUGUCAGACAUACGAUGUCUUUUAAUCCAUGUUUUUAAAUGAAGGAUGUCCAGACAGUGCUUCCCAAUAACUGUAUUGCUGUUCUGUGAAAUAAGUGAUUGAUCCACAGUGAUUCUUGCACCUGCUUUUGUCUAACCUGCAUACACUUAUAGGUCACACGUUGCUUUCACUAUUUAAUGAGAUUCAAGAGUGUAAAAAGAAAUAAUGUUUAACAAUGAUUGAAAUUGUCAGAGGUAUUCAUUCAACAAUUUCUUUAUUAGUAUGAUUGUAGUUUGCAGCUGUACAAAACUGUUCUGCAUUAUCACUGAUGAUGGACGAGUGAUUAGUUUUUAAUAUUUGUACUUUUUUGUUUGUCUGUGAGUUAGUUAGUUAGUUAGCUCAAAAAGUUAUUGGCAGAUUUUGAAAUUUUCAAAAAAGAAUAAUGAACAAGUGAUAAGAUUUUGGGGCUGAUCCAGAUUAUUUCUACUCUUUUACCUUACGUUUCCUUUACAAUGCUAAAAUCAGUGUGGAUGCUAGCAGCUCCGCCGCCACCCACAGAGACAAAGAGAGUGGAGGACUAACGAGACGGCUCACAUGGUUUUAUCCUAGUCUGUUUGCAAGUGACAGGCGAACAAGACAAACAUGCACGGACGGACAUCACAUUUUGAUUUAUCCUUUGAUUAAUUAGCUCCACCGGGAGGUAAAGUUUUUGCUAAAUUUUGUUUGUCUUUGUUAGUUAGCAACCUCACAUAACAAGUUAUGUGUGGAUUCUGAUUAAACAUUUUUAGGAAAUGUCAAAUAAACUAAUGCUUAGAAUUUGGAGACGAUCCGGAUCACCGUCUGGAUUCAGGAUUUAAAAAAAAAAGAUUGGUUUCCUAUUGGGAGCAGAGGUCUGCGAUCUCAGAGUGCUUUUCUAGUUUUUGCAUGUGAUUAGCAAACAAAUGACAACUGAUGAUAAUAGACAACAGUACAGUGGUAUCUUGGUUUUUGCUAGUAGUCCCUACCAAAAACCUAUACCAAAAAAUGUAUGAAUGCCAAAGCAAUUUUUCCAUAAAAAAUAAUAAGUGCCUUUCAGGUAACCAUCCGUGGUUAAGGUAAAAGAGCAUGUGCGGUCCAUAUAAAAUCUGCAUAUAUUAAUGCGAUAAUUGUUUGUGAUUAUUGCAUACAUUAACGCGUUAACUUCAACAGCCCUACAAAUAAUGUAAAUCCAGAACCCCAAAAAUAUGAACACAAAACACAUUGUAUAGAGAAUAAUUAUAGUUUUACAUGCAGAAAAACAAAGUGAAAUACAUACAAAUGAGAAAUUUAAUGUAUACUCUUCACUUCACUUCAACGCACUAAACUUCACUGGCUCCCAGUCAGGCAGAUAAUGUAUUACAAAAUCCUUCUAUAUACUUUCAAGGCCAUCACUCUUUCCUGUUUGUCUCACCUCCAGCAUGCUCCAUCAGAUCCUCCUCUUCCAUUCAGCUUGCUGUGCCAUCAACUCGCCCCAUCACCAAGUAAAGCACUCAGUUAUUCUGCUCCAGUCAUAUCUUCAAAUCUAGACUCAAAACCCACCUUUUCAAAAUUGCAUACUUACCGUAACUGACGCAACACCACAGGUGUCAAACUAUAGGCCCGGUGGCCAGAUCCAGCCCACCACAUCAUUUUACAUGGCUGCGAAAUAAUAUGCGUCAAUAAAGAACCUCAUAUUUUUUUACUAAAUGUACUAGUUUUUUCCAUUUUGACAUUAAAAAAAUAUAUGUACUGCAUGAAAUUGCAUACCUUUUUAAACUUGAAUUGUGUCCAAGAUUGCAACAAAUAUUAUAUUAUCACACUUUUCAAACAAUAAAUAUAAUAAAAUACAUAUAAAAAUAAAAAUAAUAAAAAUAAAUACUUAAAUAUCUGCUUCACUUAGUUAUUCAUCAAAUUGUACGCUGUAAAAAUGCCAAAAGAUUUUACUGUAAAAUGUACGGUGGUUUUUACAGCAUAUUACUGUAAUUGAACAUUUUUUACCAUUGUUUGUUAUUUUACGAUACAAUUCUGUCAGCUGAGCUGCCAUUUUUUUUUUACCAUAAAAUAAGAGUACCACAUUUUCGUACGGCAGCUCAGUUGCCAAAGAAAAAAAAAAUCAAUGGUAGAGUUUUUCCAUUUACAUUAAAAACUACCAUACAUUUUACGGUUAAAUUCUGGUAAACAAGCUGCCAGAUUUUCCUUAAAAAACAGUGGUAGUUUUUUUCAAUUACAGUAGUAUGUUGUUAAAAAAAGCAACUGUAUAUCCAUCCAUCCAUCCAUUUUCUACCGCUUAUUCCCUUCAGGGUCGCGGGGGGCGCUGGUAUAUUUAACAGUAAAAUUCUGGUGACUGAGUCGCAGUUUUUUUUACUGUAAUAUCUACAGAACUUUUUUCACAGUGCACGUAAAAAAAUAAAAUCAAAUGCAUGGGCAAAUUCAUAUAUUAUUCACUGUUACAAGCGGCCGGCCCUCUCCUUUGUUGUUUUAUCAUCCAUCCAUCCAUUUUCUUUGUUUUGUCAUUAUAUUGUUAAUUAUUUUAUCUGUAUACUGUAAAAUGUCCUUGGGUUCUUUGAAAGGUGCUUGUAAAAUAAAAGUAUCAUUAUUAUUAUUAUUAUUAUUAUUAUCAUGAAUUAACAUUUAACAUCACUUUUACCUCCAUUGAAGACUCUGAAGACGAUGAUGCGUGGAGAGGAAACAGAUUCGUUUGUUAUGGGUAAUGUUUGGCCAUACAAAAACAGAGACAGUAAGCCUAUACAAUACACAUUUUUUUUCAAAAACGGAAUCAUGCAAAUAUCAAGGUAGCACCGUAUUACAUUGUUAAAUGUAUACCUCUCUAACAAUGUCAGUCGACACUGUCACUACUUGUACUCUCUGAUACUUUAUUCAGGUAGACAGUUCGCUUCAUAUUGAAUCUUAUUAGAUUGUGCCACUGUACCUAAUGAUUUGUCCAGUGAGUGUAUACUUUUAUAGUAAAAAAAAAAGCCUUAAUGAAUUUAGACCCAGCACAUGAGAAAUGUGGCUUUCAAUAGCUCAGUGAAUUGAAUACAUCUCACAGUACUUUGUAUCACAUAUCAUUGAGGCCUUUGAUUAGCAUUAAUGCACUGGAAUGUAAACAUGAGUUUAUAUUUAAUGUAACAGAUUACUGAUACGAUAUGUAGCAUGGUACCAGUAAACCUCCCACUAUCUUGGAAAACACGACAGUGAGGCGGUGUUGACUUGGCUUGCUAUCAGAUUUGAUGUGAGUCUCCUGUAGUGAUGGUUCA